AAUUAGAUUUGACCAGACGUCGAAAAACCCUAAAGCAGAGAAGUAAAAUGAGAUUGAGCAUUGGAGAAAUCCAGAAUUCAUAUUAUCCACUUAUAAUAACAAUCUCACACGACGUUAUUGUUCUUCUUCUUCUUCUUCUAAACUUUGAAAAUCCCACUCGCCACAUAAGCGCGUGACCAUAGCACAAUAAAAUGAACGAACGACAACACCGUCCCCAUUUAUUUGUACCUACGAGGAGAAUCGCAUCCUUACUGCAAUCAUAAUCAUAAUUUCCAUUUCCACUUUACUCGCCUCUGCACAUAACACCUUCAUCGUUUUUUUUCAUUCAAUAUAAAUAAAUUAAAACGCUCUAAACUUUCUCUGUUUAUUGAUUUCGAAUUCUACGCACAAAUUUUUCUCUGUUUUGAAACCGACCCACAUCACAAAAAACUGUCUCAUACUUAAAAAACACAAUCUUUCUUUCUAUUGAAUCGAUUUUCAACAACCCCACAUGGAAAAGGAGCCACUGCUCCCAUAUUUCAGCCCCAGAAAGAAGCUUUCGCCAUUACCAUCUCAUCUUUUUCCAUUACCAGAAAAUGACGAAAUGGUUCUUCCUGUUACCCCUUCUGAGUUCAAAGAUCGUCUCAUCUUUGGUCCUUCUUGUGUUUCACCUAUUGACCCUUCACCUUUGGCUGAUGCUUUAACACUUUCACGUAAUUCACCAAGAUGUUCUUCCUCCUCUUCUUCUUCUUCUGUACCACAUGAUUUUGAUGCAUCGCAACAUUCUCAACAACAACAACUAUCUUCUUGGCUCAUUGAUCCUAAUUACCGAUGGAGAAAAACAAAUCUUCAUCGCUCCAAAACUGCACCUGCUAUGGCUGUAAUAAGCGAUUUCAAUCAUCAAUCAUCUGUGAAAAGACCUCAAUUUGGUAGCCAAUCUAUUAUUCAUCAAGCUGUUAUUCUUCUUGUUCUUUAUUUGGCUUUAGGUGUUGUUAUUUAUUGGUUCAAUCGUCAUGAUUUUACAGCAAUUGAAACUCAUCCUAUUGUGGAUGCAUUGUAUUUUUGUAUAGUCACAAUGUGCACAAUAGGAUAUGGUGAUAUUACUCCAAAUAGUACUGCAACCAAAAUUUUCUCUAUAUUGUUUGUUUUGGUUGGUUUUGGUUUUAUUGAUAUAUUGCUUAGUGGGAUGGUUAGUUAUGUUCUUGAUUUACAAGAGAAUCAUUUGUUGAGGGUAGUGAAAGGAAGAGGGGAGAAAGAUGGUAGGUCAUAUAUAGUUGAUGUGAAGAAAGGGAGGAUGAGGAUUAGGAUGAAGGUGGCAUUGGCAUUAGGGGUUGUGGUACUUUGUAUUGGAGUUGGUGUUGGGGUUAUGCAUUUUGUUGAAAGGCUUGGAUGGGUAGAUUCUUUUUAUCUUUCGGUUAUGUCUGUUACAACUGUAGGAUAUGGCGAUCAUGCUUUUAAGACCUUGCACGGUCGUAUCUUCGCUGCAAUUUGGUUGCUUGUUUCGACGCUUGCGGUGGCCCGAGCAUUCCUUUAUUUGGCUGAGGCGAGAGUGGAUAAGCGGCAUAGGAGGAUGGCGAAGUGGAUUCUUGGUCAGGAUAUGACUGUUGCUGAGUUUCUUGCUGCUGACAUAGACAAUAAUGGAUUUGUGAGUAAAUCAGAAUAUGUUAUAUACAAGCUCAAGGAGAUGGGAAAAGUUUCAGAAAAGGACAUCAUGCAGAUCAGCGAGAAGUUUGAUCGACUAGAUACUGGCAACUGUGGAAAAAUAACACUCGCUGAUCUCAUGGAGAGUCAUAAUUGAUGAGGUCGAUCAGCGCAGCUAUCAAAGGAGCAAAGGGAUUAUAUAUAUACAUCCAGUUUUGUCACAUAAAGAAAGUCGUGCUAGAUUCUCAAGUUGCAUCCUUGUGUCGCGAUCAGCAACUUGUUGAGGCACGGUAUGCUGGUGAAUUUCUAGGCUCUUUUGCCAGUCAUUUUGCAAAUUAGUUAGAGUAUUGUUAGGUUGAUGAGAUGGCUAAUGGUAAUGGAGGAGACAAUUUUGGUUGGUUAAAUAAUUAUUUUGUACAUAGUCUUUUUGAAAGUGAAUGUGUUGAUUCUUUAGACUAUCUCUUGGUUAAUUGUGCAAAUCAAUGUGGAACAUGUUGGUAUUGUUUUUGCCAAGAUGAUUCAAAUAGCCAAAGUUGUAGUUCUCAUUUUUGUACAGACCUAUUCUGAGUUGAGUAAAGAUAUAGUUGAUCAUACUUGCA